UCUUGGUUACUUUGUAAAAGGACAAUCUAUAGGUAAUAAAGGGCCCCCUUCUGGGUUUAAUAGAAACCAUAUAUGGAAAGGUUACCUAUGUGUAUUAGGAUCAAGUGGUGAAAGAAGGGCAUUGUAGGGCCUAGCCAAAGUUGCGAUCAACUACCACCGACUUUUAGGUCCCUGAGAUUGCUCUCACAGCACCAUGGAAGAGACGAGCCCAGACCCGGCAACUGAGAAAAGGCCUAUUGCGGACCAUGCUGAUAAUGAGUCGCCUUUUGACGAAAUACAACCUAGAGAUUACCCAGAGAUCCCACUCCAGUCAUCGUACGAGCCGGAUAGCGACGAGAAGGGCCCGGUUCACGUACCCAUGCCUGUCGGGAAUGUCCCCAUAGGCAAAUCCAACUCGCCCCCGCCCACCUCCGAAAAAUUACCUAUGCCCAUAAACACCAAUAUUACAAAUGACCGAACCUCGAACAUUCCUUCGCCCCGUAGCAUGACGUCGGAUCACCAGUUUAAAUAUGGCACGAGCGCUAGUAGUGCUACAGAUCCCCCUGAUAGGGUUUUCCCUAUCCGAUCCGUCAUUAGUGUUGACCAGUCGCAACCGACAUCUGCCACGCUGUUACGGAGUUCGGGUGAACAAACAUACCUAAGUCGUCAAGAAGUGACCUGGGAUGGCCGUCGUCGGCCAAGCGAUCCUUAUAUGCCACCCGAGAAGGCUGGCAGGCUCCAACGGAUCGAGACCGGGCUAAGCCCUUCUUCCUCGUCUCGAGGAUCGCCUAGAGGGAAGGAUGGGCCAAGAAGGAAAGACACAAUUUCGACUUCCAUAGGAAGUCUACCACCAAAUAUCGAACGUAUCGCUUCUGCUGAGCCAUUGCCGAUUUUCAAUUAUGCAUCUUCAGAGGGCUCCGAUAAAACAAGAGGAAGCGCGUCUCUUCGUGCGAGUGAAAGUCAAGCUGGAAGGUCCGGGCGUAUGUCUCCUACCGAAUUCAACGAAUCGUUAACGACAGUCCGUUUUCGUCAUGUCGUUACCGAUGAAGGUCAUGCCGUUAUUACUGGCCGGGACGAUAUAUCACAACGAUGUGAGGACGAGCCCAUCCACACCCCUGGCGCUGUUCAGGCCUUUGGUCUUCUUGUUGCUUUACGGGAAGAGGCUGAUGGCCGGCUUUCUGUUCGAUGCGUAAGUGAAAAUUCGAACAGAAUAAUCGGCUUCUCCCCCAAAGAAUUGUUUCGACUCGAAAGCUUCACCGAAAUCUUUACCGAAGAGCAGGCCGAUAAUCUUCUAGAUCAUAUCGAUUUCAUACGGGAUGAAGAAGCAGACCCUGCUACCAAUGGCCCUGACGUGUUCAGUAUAUCUAUACGUCCACCUCAAAAGAAAUCUGUCAAGCUAUGGUGUGCGAUGCACAUCAACGAUAGUCAUCCCGACUUGAUAAUACUAGAAUUUGAGCUUGAGGAUGACCAGGAGCAUCCCCUUCGACCGACUGGCGAGCUUAAUGGUGACGAGCCCGAAGAUACACUUUGUCAGGACCCAACUAUGCAGGAACUGACCGAAAGUACUGAAAUCAGCAGUAGACCCCUUAGGAUUCUUCGGAGCGCUCGCAAAAAACGUGGCGAGGCUGGUGCCAUGCAAGUUUUUGAUAUAAUGUCACAAGUUCAAGAGCAAUUAGCAUCUGCGCCGGAUUUACCCACAUUCCUCAAAGUCCUCGUAGGCAUCGUCAAAGAAUUGACUGGAUUUCACCGAGUCAUGAUGUAUCAGUUUGAUUCAGCCUUCAACGGAAAAGUCGUGACAGAGUUGGUUGAUCCAUCUCAGACUCGCGAUCUCUACUAUGGCUUGCAUUUCCCGGCUUCUGAUAUCCCCAAACAAGCACGCGACUUGUACAAACUCAACAAAGUUCGACUACUCUACGAUAGAGAUCUGGAAUCUGCAAGACUGGUUUGCCGCUCUCCGGAAGAUCUUGAACGACCACUUGACCUUAGUCAUGCGUAUUUACGGGCCAUGUCCCCAAUCCAUCUAAAAUACCUUGCCAAUAUGGCUGUUCGGUCCUCCAUGUCCAUAUCGAUUAAUGCUUUCAAUGAGUUAUGGGGGCUCAUUGCGUGUCAUAGCUAUGGUUCCAAGGGAAUGAGAGUCUCAUUCCCUAUUCGGAAGUUAUGCCGGCUUAUUGGAGACUCAGCUUCACAAAAUAUAGAACGGUACUCGUUUAUAUCACGCCUACAAUCGAGGAAACUUAUCAACACGAUGCCAACUGAUAAGAACCCUUCAGGAUAUAUCACAGCAUCCUCCGACGACCUCAUCAACUUGUUUGACGCUGAUUUUGGAAUUCUGUCUAUCCGAGGAGAGACUAAGAUAUUGGGGAAAAUUGAACAGUCUCAGGAAGCGUUAGCCAUGUUGGAGUAUUUGCGCUUGAGGAAGUUCACUUCUGUUCUGACUUCGCAAGACAUCCGUGAGGACUUUCCCGACCUUUGCUACCCACCCGGAUUCUCCGUUAUCGCUGGGCUGCUGUAUGUUCCACUCAGCCUAGGUGGUAGCGACUUCAUUGUCUUCUUCCGAAAAGGUCAAACUAGAGAAGUAAAAUGGGCAGGCAAUCCAUAUGAGAAGGUCGUGAAAGAGGGCACUGCAGCUUUUCUGGAACCACGAUCCAGCUUCAAGGAAUGGCAUGAAAUUGUUAUUGGUAAAUGUAGGGAUUGGUCCGAAGAACAGGCAGAAACUGCGGCAGUGUUGUGUUUAGUAUACGGUAAAUUCAUCGAGGUCUGGAGACAAAAGGAGGCAGCUUUACAAAACAGUCGACUGACUCGACUUUUAUUGGCAAAUUCUGCACACGAAGUCCGUACGCCAUUAAACGCAAUCAUCAACUAUCUAGAAAUUGCUCUAGAAGGCUCCCUCGACCAGGAAACCCGAGAAAAUCUUGCAAAAUCCCACUCAGCGUCCAAAUCACUAAUUUAUGUGAUAAACGAUCUUCUUGAUCUCACCAAUAUGGAAGAGGGCCAGGAGUUGAUCAAAGACGAAAUCAUGGAUUUACUGACUUGCAUUCAAGAGGCAACGGAACCCUUUAAGGUAGAUGCUAAUCGAAAAGGUCUGUCAUAUACAGUCGUCGAACAUCAUGGACUUCCUCAGUAUGUACACGGUGACUAUCGUCGAGUACGGCAAAUAAUUGCAAAUAUGACGGCAAACGCUAUGCAGCAUACAACUCAGGGGUUUGUGCGGGUAGAGGCCUAUGUCAGUGAAGUUCUGGAGACCCGUGUUAGAGUUGAAAUUGUUGUACAGGAUACGGGUCGUGGUAUGAGCAAUGAAAAGUUGGACAGCCUUUUCCAAGACCUGGAGCAAGUAAGUGCGGAUGCAGAUGACUCGGUGCCAAUUGAUGAGGUUGAGAAUCCAGGUGAAGGCCGGACGCUAGGACUGGGUCUAGCUGUGGUUGCAAGAAGUGUUCGAAAUAUGAACGGACAGCUACGUUUAAAAUCCGAAGAGGGCAAGGGAUCAAGAUUCGUCAUCCAGCUCCCUUUCGAAUUACCAACAGAUGAAGCCCUUGAGAAAUUUGGAUCUAAGAAACCUUUCGGGAAAACCGGAAAGGCUCUGAGUAUUGCCUCCGUCACCAAAACGUUACCAUCGGCAGAUGCGGACGAGGUUACUCUUGUCGAUCUUCCGUCAAUUCGCGUAAACACCGAAAGACAAAGUCUAGACGAAGUAAAAAGCAUCAGCAGCGCGAGAAGUGGUGCUAGUAAUAGUGGCCAGAGCAGCAAGAGUGAUGCAGAUCGCCUGAUUGACGCAAUUCAAACACCUUUUGCAUUGGGGGAACCCGACGAGCAAACUGCGAGCAUACAACGCCUGAGCUCAAGGGAACGGCAAGAUAAUUUCCAUCCUGCCACUCCUUCUUUGUCAUGUCCAAACAGAGCUCAGCCAGCCGCGGACGGUUCUAUUCUGAACCAACAAUCCACCGAAGACCUAAAUGCAUUUCCAAUGAAUAAUACUGACGGUCGAUAUGCUGUGACCGAUACAAAGACAGCCAUCAAACCUGUCAAGGUACCUGAUGAGUAUUUUGAUCAACCAACAGCAUCCUCAGCCAACCAAACAUCGAAGGUUCUAUUCGAAAUCCCCAGAAGUCCCAAGCCAGAUAACAGUCCUGCUUCCAAACUCAAGUCUGCGUCUAUUGCUCACUCAAGCAAACUGCAGGUACUCGUGGCAGAAGAUGAUCCAAUCAACAUGAUGCUCCUUCAAAAACGGUUAGAAAAGGGUGGGCAUGGCGUUUACCACGCAGUCAACGGCGAUGAUUGCGCCACAGUAUUUAGAGACAGGCCUGCUGAUUUUGAUGUUAUCCUUAUGGAUAUGCAGAUGCCCAUUGUCGAUGGUCUUACUAGUACCAAGAUGAUCAGAGCGUACGAAAACUCGGGCAAAUGCCCAGGACUCUCUGCUAUAGCUAACAUUAAUAAGAGAAUCCCGAUAUUCGCUGUGUCGGCAUCUCUUAUGGAGCGAGAUUAUGCGACUUAUGUCGAGGCCGGAUUCGAUGGCUGGAUUCUUAAGCCGAUUGAUUUCAAACGGCUCAACGUUUUACUUGAUGGGAUCAGUAAUGACGAAGUUCGAGUUGAGUGUCUUUACGUGCCCGGAAAAUGGGAACAAGGGGGGUGGUUCUCUCGAUAACCAGGAGACAAGAGAGGCACAAAAGCCGCUUUCAUCGUGACUACUCUUCAAUCCCUAGUCCUUCUUCAAAUAGUAAGCUCGGAUGGAAAGUUCAGACACGUCAGGAUGUUAUUACGAUGCCCACGGAAUAUGGGUGGAAUAUUUGGAUCUUAAUUUGCGCCAUAUACGCGAUCAUACGCCACACAGAAUUUUGGAGGCCCAAUCAUUUGAUUUGGCUUGCUGCAGGGGCAGAUCUCGGUUUUGGCUCUUUGGAAAUAGAAGCAUGGAGUUGGAUGGCUAGUACAUUAUAGCGGAAGAAGGAGGAUAGCUAUUUAGAAGUGCGAGCGGGUUUGCAUCUUGUUCUUAAGGUAUUUAUUAUAUAAGGGAAUACGGGUCGUAUACGAGAACUCGGGGCAUUUCUGGCGUUAUGAAAUUAGGUAAAGAGAGUGAGAGAGUGAAAGGUGUAUGCAUACCUAGGCGAGCGUGCUCAAGGGGGUUCAGGGGUUAGUUGAAGUGAGUUAGAAACAAAGCUUACAGUACACCCGAGAAUACAUACCUAAUUUGAUCAAGUA